ACUUGUUCCAUAACAGAGCAUUAGUGUGUUGUAUUUUUAGCCCAGUAUAAGGUGUAUGAGCUCAGUUUGAAGAUGUCUCUUAUAGAAGGUCUUCUACAGACAUCAAGCACAGUGACACUGCGCUACCUCCGCUCCUCUGGUUCCAGCUCUGAGGAACAGGGGAAGGAGCCUCCAGGACCGAGGCCGCUGCCCCUGCUUGGUAACAUGCUCCAGCUGGACCUCAAGAAGCCCUACUGCACUCUCUGCAAGCUCUCCAAGAAAUAUGGUUCCAUCUUCACGGUUCACUUUGGACCCAAGAAAGUUGUUGUUCUGGCAGGAUACAAGACGGUUAAGCAGGCGCUGGUCAACCAGGCAGAGGACUUUGGGGACAGGGACAUCACUCCUGUGUUCUAUGAUUUCAACCAAGGACAUGGGAUUCUGUUUACCAAUGGAGACUCAUGGAAAGAGAUGAGGCGCUUUGCCCUGACAAACCUUAGAGACUUUGGGAUGGGCAAGAAAGGGAGUGAGGAGAAAAUCUUAGAGGAAAUCCCCUACCUGAUUGAAGUGUUGGAAAAACAUGAGGGUAAGGCAUUUGACACAGCACAGCCUGUGCUUUAUGCCGUCUCCAACAUAAUCUCGGCCAUUGUCUACGGCAGCAGGUUUGAAUACACUGACCCACUAUUCACAGGCCUGGUGGACAGGGUCAAUGAGAAUGUUCACCUUAUAGGUUCUGCAUCAAUGCAGAUGUACAACAUGUUUCCCUGGUUGGGUCCGUGGAUAAACAACCUGACACAUCUGAAAAAGAAUGUUGCUGAUAUGAAGAUGGAGGUGACAGAGCUGGUGAGGGGCCUGAAGGAGACUCUGAACCCUCAUAUGUGUAGAGGCUUUGUGGACUCGUUCCUCGUCCGAAAGCAAACCCUGGAGGAAUCUGGCAAUAUGGAUUCUUUCUACCAUGACGACAACCUGGUAUUUAGUGUUGGUAACCUGUUUGGUGCUGGUACCGACACCACCGGGACAACCCUGCGCUGGGGUCUGCUGCUAAUGGCCAAGUACCCCCAUAUACAGGAUCAGGUCCAGGAGGAGAUCAGCAGCGUCAUAGGAAGUCGUCAGCCCUUGGUAGAGGACAGGAAGAACCUGCCCUACACUGAUGCAGUGAUCCAUGAGACCCAGAGACUGGCCAGCAUUGCACCCAUGGCCGUCCCUCACACCACCAGCCGAGAUGUCACCUUCCAGGGAUAUUUCAUUAAAAAGGGGACGUCUGUGAUUCCUCUACUGACAUCGGUCCUACAGGAUGAUAGCGAAUGGGAGAGCCCCCACACCUUUAACCCCUCACACUUUCUGGAUGAGCAGGGAGGAUUUGUCAAGAGGGACGCCUUUAUGGCCUUCUCUGCAGGUCGUAGGGUGUGUCUGGGGGAGGGUCUGGCCAGGAUUGAGCUCUUCCUCUUCUUCACCUCCCUCCUGCAGCGCUUUCGUUUCUCUCCUCCUCCUGAAGUAACAGAGGAUGAUCUGGAUCUCACACCAUUACCGGGGUUCACCCUCCACCCUUCACCUCACCAGCUGUGUGCUGUGAGCCGGGUCUGAGAUUUGAACAUGAAAAUAUUAGUGGGGCAAAAACUCAAUCAAAAAAGCUAAAAUGCAUCAAAAUCACUACACAUUAAAUGUGCCAUUAUAAAAAUUAUCCCAGAAAUGAGCUUGCGCGACACACAAACAUUAUUAUAUUUAGUUUAUGAUCGGUUCAUAGGCACCUUCCAAUAUCUUUUACAUUUAAUUACACUGAAGACUACGGUUGUGGAACAUAUUUUUAUAGAGUGAGGUCUAUUUUACUUCAUUUUCAGCAUCGGUCUGCAGUAUUGCUAAAUUGCUAAGUAUUGCUAAGAGUAUUGGGACGCAGUCCAACACGUUCUGAGGGUAGUUGCAUCCGCCUGUCUGUUAAUAAGAUAUUCCUGUUAAGAAUAAAGCAACAAAGUUUAUAAAGCUU